AAUCAGUAUAAUAAUUUCUGAAAAAAAUAUGAACGAAACUGAACUUAAAGAUUUCGAAGCCCUUGCCAAUGUGAUUGCCAACCCUUCUAGCUCCGGCUCGUACGGCACUGACUACCAGAAAGCCAAUGAGACUUUGAACACAGUCACCUCCAAUCUCGAAAACUGGGACAAAAUCCACUCGGUCUUGGAACUCACCGAAGAUCCAAAUGCAUUGUUUUUCGCAGCAAUUUCGCUGAAGAAUCUAUUCGCGGACAACUGGACCAAAGUGCACAAAGACAAGAAGGUUGCCAUUGCCAGGUAUUGCAUUGAGUUCUUGAAAGCAAAAGGACCUGACUGCAAACGAGAAGUCCUCAAUGCAGUCAUUAUGCUCAUGGUCAAGGUGGUCAAGCUAUCAUGGUUCGAUGACCAAGCCCACCAAGACUCAAUCAAAGAAGUGCUCGGACUCCUCAACAUCAGCAUUGGCCACUGCUUUAUCGGAGUGUUGGCUCUCGAACAAAUGAUUAUUGAAAUGACUUACAUCAACAAAGGCAAAACUCUGAUUCAGAACAGACGGAUUUCGGUCAACUUCAGAGACAAGUACUUGCUCAAAAUAUUCGGAACGGUUGUCACUCUGCUUAACGAGUUGCAACCGAAGAUUGCAGCUGAUAGUUCUGGGCCUGACUCCGAUGUCAUCAGACAGGCUUUGUAUCACUGUUGUUCUUUGUCACACAAAUGACUUAACUUCGAGUUCAUUGGAGUGAUGCUCGAUGACACUUUGCAAGAGUCAAUUGGGACUCAUUUCCCUCUGAGCUGGAGAGAAACUCUCCAGAACUUCGACAACACCGGAGCAUUCUUUGCUGUCGCUCAGACUCCGACUCUGACAGAAGAGACUUACAUUCUGGCUCUACAGUCGCUAUGAGAACUAGCUAGUUGCAGAAUCAGCAUUUUCGAGAGUCUUGAAAACAGAAAGCAUUUUGUCCACAACUUUGCAAGGAACCUCAGCGAACUAAUGAAAAACCAAUCCGAAGACUUCUGAUCCUCUAGAGCGAUUUCACGACACUACAUCAAGCUGUUCUACAAGUUCGAGAUGAACUUCCAAGUCCGCUCUUUUGUACCGGCCAGUGAUGAUGGCAAGCAAGCUCUCAUAAGCUACUUGUCAGAUCUUGCAGAGUUCACGAUCCUGGUCAUCAAAAGCGGUCAGAGCUACCUCAGAGACAUUUCCAUUCACUUGUUGGCAGCCUGGAACCGAAUCAACGUUGAAGUCAAGAACGAGCCCGAAAUAGUCAAUAAGAUCGAAGAAAUAGUAGUCAACUUCAUUGAACAGAACAUAUCUGACUUGAGUGAUGACCAAGAAGACGAAGAUGACGAACACUUCAACGAGAAAGAACUCAGCAACCUGACUCAACGCUUCGACAUCAUUGCAAGAACUUGCAAGAUCCAGAUCGAGUCUGCCUACAACUGUCUGAAUGACGGACUGACUUUCUUGAUGGGCAAGUACUCUGAAGAGCUCGAGAACAGCAACCACGAGCUGCUCGAACUCAUCGAGAAGCGAUUUGCUUGGACCAUCAGAGUCGUGUGAGCAAUGAUGGGACUGGGCUUUGCUCCGAAGAUUCCUCCACCAGACUCAGACGAGCCGGCACCAGAAGGCCAGAAUGAAUGAGAUGCUUGCAUCAAGAUUAUUGACAUAAUCAAGAAGAACGUGGAACUGAACAUUGAAGGAACAAGGAAAAUGAGCGAGCUUUUUGAGCUGGCAGCUCUCAGCUUUAUUGGAACAUUCAGGAGCCAUAUCUUGUGAGACACUCGAGUAGUAUCUAAGUGACUAUCUGAAAAUCAAGACGAAACUAGUAUUCACUGUAACACAAGUUAUUUAAGAAUCGCAGGAAUAUUGGACUCUAAAGACUUGCUAGGAAUCGUAGAAAUAUUUUUCAAGAAAACUAUUCUGAAUUUAUUCUCUGAUUCAAAACCUAUCAUCGAGCAAGACCUUUGAAUCAUGAACACUUUAAUAGCUUCACAAGAAACAAGAAAAUAUUUAAUGGUUUUAGAAACAACUCAAGAUCUGAUGGAGAAUCAUUUUACAAAAUAUGAAGUUCUCAACACUCUGGAUACAUUAGAGUACCUGAGCGAAUUUUAUAGAAUCCUCAGCAUUUUUUGGGAUGUCAACGACUACGUAGACAAUUUCUACAACUACAUGAAACCAGUCACAGAAUUUAUCAGGGAGCUACUUGAUCAGGACCCCUCAAGCUUAGAGCAAAGAAAAGAAAGUAUUCUGAGAGCACUUGAGAUUUUAAAUGGAGUUUCAUCAGGCUUUUCACAGCCUGAAGCAUUCAAUAAAUUCUACACAUGGUUCAGUCAGGGUCCAAAUGAGAUAAUCUCACUAGUCUUUAAUAAUUUCUGUGAAGACAAGAUCCUUCUGAAGAGUGCUUUCAAAUUGAUGAAGAGUUUACUAGAUAAUAAAUCAGGAAGGUUCAAGCCUCAAUAUUGUUAUCUAAAUGGAUUCCUCAUGUUCAAAGAGUUUUCUCAAAUUGUGAUGCAAUAUUUCAAAUAUGUCAAUAUGUACGAAGGUGUCAAAGUUACUGGAGACAAAUUCGACAACAAGUAUGAGUUCAUAGAUUUGGGCAUCUGAAUUCUUGGAAAUCUGAUUUCAGGAAAUUAUAUCAACUUCUCUAUGCUGGAAUAUUACGACGAUACCUCAUUUGUAGAUUUUUGAAAAAUAAUUAUGACUUUAAUAGUGGCUCAAGAUCAUGAAGAACUCUCGUCUUUCAAAGUUGUGUGACUCGAUAGUUAUAAAGUCAUGGCUGAUUUUCUGAAGCAUCAUUCUGAUAUGAUGAUCAGAUGCUUCGAGCCUGGCUUGAUAGUCAAAAUAAUCGAGUUUCUACUCCUAGGACUUCUCACCGAAAAUGAUAACAAAGGUAGAUGCUGAGAUGCUCUGAAAGAUCUCAUCUCUUACAUUUAUGCUUCUCGUGGUAGAUUACUCAAUGAGAUAGAGGAAAUUUUGAAGAUUGAGGAGGGAAUCUUUAAGCAAAUACUAAAGACACUGCUUACCACUGUGAUCUAUGAGGAGCAUAGAGUUAUUUGGGUCUUUGCAAAGCCUCUUUUCCCAACAAUUGUUCUCAACGGAAGAGAGAGUUAUGAAGCAGUCAAAGCUGAGAUUGUAGAAAAUGAAGUCAACCAAGAACUGAAGGAAAAGAUAGAAGAAGAGCUGACCCAGCUAUGCAGUGAUGUAUUCAUUGACCCAAGUAUUGACUUUGAACAUGGGUCUCCUAAUGAGAUCAGUCUGAGUAAGAGGAAUAAGGAUAAGUUUGGAACAAACUUCACACGAUUCAAGAAUAGUCUAGUAAAAUUCAAAUAAUUUACCAAUAUGAUAAAGUUAGGUAUGAAGACUUAAUAUCUUUACUC